AUGGCCGCGUCAAGGGAUCAGCGAAACUCAGCCGGCAGAGGCAGCGGCGGAAGAGAGCGAACCUUUUCGCUUACGAAAGUCGGAGAUACCAUGAAGAAGGUGUUACCGCCAAAGACGAGGAUCUCUAAAGAAGUGAAAGAAAUGGUCGAACAAUGCUCGACGGAGUUCAUCGUCUUCAUCACCAGCGAAGCCGUCAAGAACAAUAAGGACUUCACGCUCACCGGCGACGGCAUCAUCUCGGCGCUGGCUCACCUCGGAUUCGAUGAUUACGUGGAACCACUCCAGAUUUACCUGCAAAAGUAUAUGAAGCCUUUUGAGGCGGCGUAUAAGGCGAUGGCGGGGACGAGUACCAGCGCUGUGACGGAAGGGCGGCGUAGCGAGACGAGGGACGGCGACUAUCCAAAUGGGAUUCUUAGGGUUGGGACUGCUGAGGAUUUUCAAGACUUGACCGCUCUCAUUCUGGUUAAUAUUUACUAA